AUGGGCAAACAUGAAAAAGGAACACCGAAAGAAAUCGCCAACAGAUGCAAGUCCAAAGGUCUUCAGAAACUGCGAUGGUUCUGUCAGAUGUGUCAGAAGCAGUGCCGUGAUCAGAACGGUUUCAAAUGUCAUCUGAUGAGUGAAGCACAUCAACGACAACUCUUGCUCUUUGCUGAAACUCCACAUGUCUACUUGAAGGAG